AUGUCAAUUCUUCGCAAUCGUAGUUUUUUUGCACUAUAUUUUCACAAAUUUUUUAAACAUAAUGUCAUUCGUGCACGUGGGUUACAUACACUGCAUAAUGUAACCACCAAUGAUCUACCAAAGGAGAAUGAUCCAAGCGGUGGCAAAGUUCAAGCGUCGGAUGAAUCCACUAAUUCCUUGGAUAAAAACACAAAAUCAUCAGUAGUACUUCGAAAACCUGUCUCUACUACUUUCAUCAGGGACACCCUCAUCCCUCACAUUGAACACAGCGUAACAUUUGAUUCUCACAAGAUUCCACCUCACUUACUAAUCCAAUUAGCAAUUUCCUAUUCAAAACUGCCACAUUUUUUAAUCCAAAAGGAAAUUGCAGAUCGAAUUAUCGAUGCCUUUAUCUAUCGCAUUACGGAUUAUGGUCCUUCGGAUUGUGUACAAAUUCUCAAUACAUCAUUACAAAUUCAGGGCGUUAGAAACACUAAAAUUUAUGAAACAAUAAUUAAGAGGUUGAAAACUCCGCACAUUCAAUGUGAACUUAAUACAUUGAACAAAUUGGGUAUUGCGAGGACACUUUCUAAAGCAAUUAUUCAGUUAAAACGUAUUACAGGUACUAUUAUUGAUGGAGAUAGUACUAAUAGUUGUAAUUUUUCAAAUAAAGAUAAUUUUAAGGAAUUAACAACGGAAAAUCAGAACAUGCUUGCUCCUUCACCUGGGUACUAUAACAUUGAACAGGAUGUAAUAAACUUAUCGCUAUUGAAACCAUGGACAAUUCUGCAAAAAUCACUUCAGAAAUCAAAAGCUUCUAAAAUAAUCGAUUUGAUUGCAAAUUAUGUAAGUGACUUCAUCAUACCAACAAUAAUGUCUGAGCUUGAAACUUAUGAUCCUCCUGAAUUAUCAGCAAUUUUGGGUACUAUAGCAGAUAAUGCCAUAAGGGAUAACACAAAAUCUGACUUUCCAAUAAUCGCAAUUCUAAUGUCUAUUAUAUUAAAGAAAUACCCCCAAACUUCACUAUUACACAACAUAGCAAAUAUAUCUAGUCUCUGUAAGUUGCGAAUUUUUCACCCUUCAUAUUUAAAUUUGUUGGAACAGAAUUUGACUGAUAAAUAUAAGUCAAGGAAUAUCUAUCAUAAGCAUUUGGCACGAGUUAUUUGGGUUUUUAGUAGAUAUGGGAGAUUGGAUGCUAUUUUGCCAUCACUGGAACAGCAGUUAAAUGAAAACAUUUCAAAAUUUGAUUCCAGAGAUUUUGCAAGACUCUCCCAAUCAUUACCGCAUGGCUCAGAAAUCAUUUCUAAAUUGGCUAAUAGACUAUAUAAAAACAUAUAUUCUAUAACCCCUCGUGAUUUCAUGUUUUACUAUAUCGGAUGUAUAUAUGCGCAAUUGUUUCACCGGAAAGAACUGUUAGAUGGGUGUAAUAAGUAUCUGCAUGACAAAAAUGAGGAGUUUGACUUGGUAGAUAUCAAUAGAUUGGUAUCAGCAAUUAAUAAAUUAAAAAGGAAAGAUUUACUAGAAUUAUUUCCAAGAGAAUGGUCUGAGAUCAUCAAAAACAUCUUAUCAAAUAAAUCAUAA